AAAUAAUAAUCUAACUUAGUAAAGAUAUUUUUAUUUCAAAUACAGAGAAGAGGGCCGAAAAAACCGUUCAAAUGAAUGAACUAAAACCAUCGGAUAUUCCACUAGAAUUGAUAGACAGCAACAGUGGACAUUAUGAUGUCUUGCCCGACGACAAUAAUGAAGACAACAGCAGUAAUUAUGAUGUCUUGCCCAACGACAAUAAUGACGACAACGCUGAUCAUUAUGAUGUAUUGCCCGACGACGUCCAUGACGACUGUAUCGUUCCGUAUGCAGUCGUCCCUUUGGGCAAUACAGCGCGUGAGGCGACAACAAUGUACACUUCUCGCCAGCCAGAGAUAACAGAUGAUUAUCUGCACACUGGUUUGCGAGAAUCCAGCUACAUGAUCCCAGAUUCAUCGUAUGUAUUGGGCCGAAUAGGUGACAGCGAAACUUCAGUUCAGACAAAUUCUGCAGUGGCCGGAGUACUAGACAAUGCCGUUACAUCGGAGACAAAGUACAAGGCGUCCGAAGAACUGAUAAAUGUCACUAAAGAAAUAACAACUAAUGCAAGCGCCAAAAAACUGUUUGAUUACGGUAAAAGUGAGGACAACUUCGAAGCGGAGACAAAUUACAUCGGCGACAAACAGGAGAAAACUGAUGAUAGUGGCGAAACAAAUUACACAGACUUUGAAUUUUUGGAAAAUGACACUCAAGCGCAGAUAAACAAAGAAUCCGGAAUCAAUGAGUACGUUUUCGUAUUAAAAUAGGGAAAACAUAAAGACAUUUUUUCCGAAUAGGAAUGUUUUCAUAUGGUUUUAACCAAUGCAGUCAAUUAUUAAAUUCCUCAAAGAAAAUUUUCAUGAUUGUGUUGCAAAUAUAAAUAUUAACCCCCAUUUACGAGCUUUGUCGAAAUAAAUGAACUAUAAAAUAAACCUCAUGAUUUCAGAAAUUAUUGGAUAUAGUUGUCAUGCACAUAAUAACGACGUAUUGUUGUUUAUAAACAUAACUUCAAUUGUCAUUAAUGGUGUUCGUUCUUUUAUUUAUUGGUGAUUUAUUUUCUUUAUUUGGGGAUAUUGCUGUGUGUCUUCUUUUUUUUAAACAAAGACCGAAUAUUUUGAGAAUAUUGUACGAUAAAAGAAUAAUAAGUAUAAAUGUCGAAUACAGAUUCGUUUAUUUGCUCGGCACGUAUGCAUCUACCAAUAACCCAGGCUUAUUGCUCAGGUUUUUUUGUAAGCAUCGCCAAAUAAUUUUAUGUGAACUUAUUUCCUUAAACGAGUUGAGGAACAUUGUUAAGAGCUUUUAAAUAACCUCUUUUUCGAAUCCUCAGGUCGUGUUUAAUACACUAUGAAGGGAGUCGACGAUCACUGGUUAAACUCGUAAAUGGCAUGCUCUUCAACAAAUGAACAAACAAUGCUCUUUCAAAGCAAGUUGAUGAACCCCAACAGUUAAUAAAGAAAGUUAAUUCAUUUGAUAAUGCAGUUGGAGAUUUUGACAAACAGUAUCAUGCUAUUUGCCGAUACCAAAAACAAAAAGAACCCUAGGAAAACCCAACAUGUGAUCUUACGAAUAUUAAAGAAGAACAACACAUCGGAUUUGUGAUGUUCAUAUUACACAAGUAUCAAAGUUAUUAAUAUGUUGAAAAUAUUCAAGUAUUUUGAACACAACAAUUUCAAAAUACAAUGUUAUUCUUUCUAAAUUAAACUAUAUUUAGCCAUGUUCAUUUUCGAGGUUGAACUCGAAUGUUAAACUGUAAGGUUAGGAAAUAUAAUAUUUUCCUAACUUUCGUUAUAAGUUUAUUUCUGAUGUAAAGAUGGCUUUCUGAAUUCUAUAUUGUGUAAUGAAAUACUUGAAGCUCAAUUAUGUUGCCAUCUUUACUUCUUAGGUAAAAGAUAAAUUGUUUACUGUUAUGUAAUGACUUUAAGUAUUGUAUUCAUAUUAUAGUGUAUUAUAUUAUAAAAAAAGAUAUGUUUAAAUGUUUUGACUGUAUAUUCAACAGUAACCUGUUACU